CUCGGAGCCCCGCCGGCCCCUCGCAGCCCAGCUGGCCUCCCGCAGCCCCGCCGGCCCGGCGCACAGAAUCAAGGCUGAAUGGAGCUUAAAGGGCCACAGAUGAAAGAAAGAACAUGAACAUUUCUGAAGGUGUGAGAUGUGUCUGGCAAUGACCUCCUUACCUCAGUUAUAAAGAAGAGUUUUUCUACGGGAGCUUAGGAUAUCUUUACUCCAGCUUCGUAAUAUACUAACUGGAAUGGUGCUCUGACAGCAAUUCCCCAUAAUAAAGCACUUGCCCUGCUACAGAACAGCAUUUCUUUCUCUACUGAUAAUGUAACUCCAUGGCGGAAAAGAAUGUUUUGAUAAGCAUGCCUGAGGAUCGCUCCUUUCACGUGAGAUACAGGAUGGAGGCUUCCUGCCUGGAGCUGGCUCUGGAGGGCGAGCGCCUGUGCAAGGCAGGAGAUUGCCGGGCCGGGGUCUCUUUCUUUGAAGCCGCUGUGCAGGUUGGGACUGAAGAUUUACGGACCCUGAGUGCUAUUUACAGCCAGCUGGGCAAUGCCUAUUUCUACCUGCAGGAAUAUGCAAAGGCCUUGGAAUAUCAUCACCACGAUUUAACUCUUGCAAGGACAAUUGGAGAUCAACUGGGAGAAGCUAAAGCCAGUGGGAACCUGGGCAACACCUUAAAGGUCCUUGGGAAUUUUGAAGAAGCUAUCGUUUGCUGUCAGAGACAUCUGGAUAUUUCCAGAGAACUUAAUGAUAAGGUUGGAGAAGCAAGAGCACUGUAUAAUCUGGGAAACGUAUAUCACUCCAAAGGGAAAAAUGUAGCUAAUGCUGGGACCCAUGAUCCAGGGGAACUUCCAGAGGAUGUGAAAAAUGCUUUACAGAAAGCUGCAAAGUAUUAUGAGGAAAACCUGUCAAUAGUAACAGAGCUGGGUGACAGAGCAGCACAAGGACGUGCCUUUGGAAAUUUGGGAAACACACACUAUCUUCUGGGCAACUUCAGGAGUGCAGUUUUAGCCCAUGAACAGCGUCUCCUCAUUGCAAAAGAAUUUGGUGAUAGAUCAGCGGAAAGAAGAGCAUACAGCAACCUUGGAAAUGCCUACAUAUUCCUGGGGGAAUUUGAAACUGCUGCUGAAUACUACAGGAGGACGCUGCAGCUGGCUCGGCAGCUGAAGGACAGAGCUGUGGAAGCACAGGCCUGCUACAGCCUGGGGAACACCUACACUCUGCUGCAGGACUAUGAGAGAGCCAUUGAUUAUCACCUCAAACACCUUGUGAUUGCUCAGGAGCUACACGACAAAAUUGGGGAAGGAAGAGCAUGCUGGAGUUUAGGGAAUGCUUACACUGCCCUGGGAAAUCAUGACCAAGCCAUCCAUUUUGCAGAAAGGCACCUGGAGAUUUCAAGAGAGGUAGGAGACAGAAGUGGAGAACUCACUGCCAGACUUAAUCUCUCAGAUCUUCAAAUGGUUCUUGGAUUAAGCUACAGCACAAACAACUCCAUGAUGGCAGAAAGCCACGCAGUGGAAAACAGUUUGAAUGGUGGCAGACCAAGAGGACGCCGUUACAGCAUGGAGAACAUGGAACUUAUGAAAUUAACACCAGAAAAGGUUCCAAACUGGAACAGUGAGAUUCUUGUUAAACAGAAACCACUGGUUGCCAAAACUUCAGCAAAACUUCAUUUUGUAAAUCGACUAAAAGGCAAAAAGUACAAAAAUGGCACCACCUCCAAAGUUUUGCAGGAUGCCAGUAAUUCCAUUGAUCAUCGACUUCCAAACUCUCAGAGGAAAAGCAGCCGUGAGACAAUGGCAGACGAGGGGUUCUUUGAUCUGCUGAGUCGGUUCCAGAGUAACAGGAUGGAUGAUCAGAGGUGCUGCUUCCAGGAGAAGAACAGACUCCCAGCUCCUUCAGUGGCAACAUCCUCUACUCCACCUAAAACGAUGAUAAAAUCCUUUUCCGCGUCGGCGGUGUCCCCGCACACGGACGAGUUCCUGGAGCUGCUGGCGAGCUCACAGAGCCGGCGCCUGGAUGAGCAGCGCGCCAGCCUGAGCCACCUGCCUGGGCUGAGGCAGAGCCAGAGCCAGAGCCAGAGCCAGAACCAGAACCAGAGCCAGAGCCAGAGCCAGCUGCCCAGCCAGAGCCAGAGCCAGCUGCCCAGCCAGAGCCAGAGCCAGCUGCCCGGGCUGAGGCAGCAGCAGCACCGCAGCCACGCCCUGCUGGGCCAGCUCGGGGCCAGCGCCAACGGCGACCUGGAUGACGACUUCUUCGACAUAUUGAUCAAAUGCCAGGGCUCCAGACUGGAUGAUCAGAGAUGUGCUCCUCCAGGAGCUGCCAAAGGCCCCACUGUACCAGAUGAGGAUUUUUUCAGCCUGAUUUUGCGCUCACAAGCCAAGAGAAUGGACGAGCAGAGAGUCCACCUACCCUCAGCUAUAAAGGGACCCAAUUCCAGCUGAAGACUCCAGCAGUUUGUACAGCAGCAUCCGAGGGAUCGUUCUGGUUUGCUGGAAAAGCACACUUGCCUUUUUUCGAUGACUACAAUCAGUAGCUCUGUCUCCUUUCUCCUGAUUUUUCACAGAAACAGCAGCAGCAUCACACUGGUGAGCAGCAGUAUGCUGCCCCUGCUCUUGCAUUUGGCAGCUGCUUUCAGAGCAGUGUCUGAGGUACUGGUCCUGUGUCUCCCUCUUAUUUGCCUCUAGUCUGUCAAAAUUAUUACGACUUUUUUUUCUCUGUCCAUUCUCUCAUUGCUCAUUAGUGGAUUCUACCACUGUCUCAAUCUAGUGAAAGACUUAAAUUUUUAUGUUCUUUUUAAAGAAAAUUUGAUUUUUUUCCCCUGAUUUGUAUUUCCUGAAAAAAAGUUCUGUUUUCUUUUAUACUUUUUUUAAAAAAAUAAUUUAAAAAAAGAGAAUAAAUAGCUUUAGUAUUUAGUCUCUUUGCAGAAACACAGUUUGGAAGAAACAAUUUCUAUUAAAAAAUUAAACCCUAGUUUUAAUUCUGUUUAAUAAAAAAUAGUUUUUUCAAGCA